ACCGUGCAGACAGACGUAUUUACGAUACAGAUCCGCUCUUGCAUACCAGUUUUGAAUUACCUUGUCUUCCAAUUUCAGUACCCAGGUACCGGUAUUUUAUUUAUUUCGAAAAAUAUCCUGCAAUAAAACUAUAUAAGGGAAAUAUGGAUAUGCCUGGACGGAUUUGCGGCUUCCUUCGCAGACAUCGCCGUAAAUUCAUAUUUGCUGGAGUACUCGUCGGAGGAGUUGUAGGAACUGUGAAAUAUGCACAAUAUAAAAUUAAAGAUUGGAUGGUGCAAGAAGAAAAGAGAUAUUUGGAGGAACUAAGAAAACAACAGCAUUUUGAAAAAACUCAAGAACAUUGUUUUGCCAUUGCCCAGGCUGUAGCGAACACGCUAAAAGAUAAUAUACUGCAACAAAUUGAUACUGAAGCAAUUCUAGAUUCAUUGAAGACUGAAGUUUCUGCAGAGAGAAAACUUGAACUCUGGAAUGAACUUAAAGUGGUUGUAUUUGCAAAAGUGUCAAUUUCCAUUUACAUCUUGACUCUUUCAAUUGUUAUAAUUCGCUUACAGCUUAAUCAUCUUGCUGCAAAAGUUUACGCCAGUACUCUUACAGACCAGUCACCACCUAUCAAUGAUGUUAUCCAACGAUGGUUCUUAUCAAUUUCUCAUGAAUUUGUGUUGGAUAAUGGACUUGAAUGUAUUAUUAAAGAAUUUACAAAAAUUUCACAAGAUUUGACAGAAUCUAUGCCUCUUCAAUGUAGAGUUCGAGGUGCAGAUAUUGAAUCAGUCUUAAAAAGCAUUCAUAAUCAAAUUAGGCAACAUGGUAGUUUUUCAUUCCACGUCAAAAGCUCUGAAAAUGAUUCAAAUAAUAUACUUGAUCUUUUGUUACCUAAUGAAGCAAAUGUUAAUUUUGGGGCCUCUGUUGAUCUUGAUUUACAAAGACAAUUAAUCAAUGAAAUGUGGGAUAUAUUUGACUCUAAUGACUGCAUGCAAGUCUUUGAAAGUUGCAUUUUCAAAUCCUUCAAGAAUUUUGCAAAAAUUGAUGGUUCUAUCAUUGAUUCCUUGGGUACUCACAGCAAAGCGUUGGUGAGUGAUAUCACUCCAAUCAUUCGUACUAACUCAGACUUUCUUCCAUUGGCCAAAGUAUUGCCAAUGCUAAAUUCUCAUGUACAUGCAAUUUCACAUGAAAAUUUUAUUCGUAAAGUGUUAACGAAUCCCAUGCUCACGAAGUUUUCUGCCAAUAUAUAUCAGUCUUUUACAGAUACUAUCAGUUGUUGAAUAUGUGACCAAUAUGAUAACACUGAUGACUACAACGUAUAAACAAAAUUUUUUUUUCCAUGACUUCUAUUAAUGGUAUGGUUUUAUUGAGAAAUUUGUUCAAAGCAAGUUCAUGCAGAUGUACUUAAAAUUAAAAGUAAAGGUGACUCAUCUCUGAGCAAAGUUCCCAAUGGUCAUUGAAUGACUACUGAUAAAUUAUGUGCCUGUAAAUGCUAUUUGAUUCAAGACGUAAAGCAGAUGAAGUCAAAUUUGGAAUUUGCAACAACAUUACGCAAUCUGCAUGUCAUUGUUUGCAUAGUGGUAAUUUGUUCAAUGUACCGGUUUGCCUUAUCCUGAAAGGAGUUUCCAGGCUUUGUCUCUGAUGCUCACUAUCUGUUUUUAAGUUUAAACAGAGAAUUUGAAUAUAAAAAUACCAUAUGUUUUUUAUAUGGUGUUAUGCUUUUUUGUGCUAUGUAAUUACUUUCUCAUUGAUAGAAUUAUGAAAAAUCAUUUAACUAGACAAUUUAAUACAAGAAAAUUAUUUUAUGAAUAUAAAUUAUAGAAUGUUUUGAUUUUCAAAAAAAAAAUUUAAUUUGUUCCUAUUUCAACAGA